AGAUAUUAUGAGUACUUCAUUGUUUUAUCAACCCGGUGAAAUUCGGUGCUGAUGCAUUUGUAGUCAAUCCAAUAGGACCCUGUCCCGACCUUUCGCUGACCUCUCCUCUCUAUGCGGGCUGCUGUCACUUUAAAAAUUUACUGAGGGGAGCGUCGUUCAACUUCCGAUCGCGGACAGGCAAGAUAGCCCAGACUGCGUUGCUCUGUAUGGAUGGGCGAGCAACAUCCUCUUUAAAGAGACAGUCCGUGAAAUAGAGACACGCAGAACACGGACGGGACGCGAAAUAAGGUGGGCGAUCCUGCCAUUUCACUAUCAGACGGCGAAAAAAAGGAAAAGGGCGCUCCCCGUCCGCCCCGCAGCAGGACACCUGGGAGUUUCACUGAGGGACGGAAGGCUGGUCUGGGAUGAAGUUGCAUGGAAGUUAAUGUGCCUGGGGAUUAACUUGAUGUUCAGUUGACAAUAAGAGAGAAAGUGAAAAAAGCCCGUGGGUGCUUAAAAAGAGUAAGAAAAAUACCCAGUUCCGAAAUCUCUGGGUAUUUUUUAAAACUACAGUGGGCUAUUUUAAGAAGCCAGGACCUUGAUUAGCCUGCUUGGAACACGAACGACCCGAACGGUUACCUUUAGCCAUCAUUUGCGAUCAGUUUGAUUAUUUUUUUCUCCGCUGCACGACUGAAGUUUUUUUUUGUUUGUUUGUUUGUUUUGUUUUGUCUGGAAGUUUUUAUGAUCCCCUGUCUGUGAUAUCGGUGAUAUUUGCGAAUAACCUAACGCAAAAUCAAGCGACCGGCUGAUCACGGUCCUGGAUGACUUGGGCCAUGUGAGGUUCUGCUCGAAUGCCAGCCAGCCUGAUAUCAGGAGCUGGCUCAAGCACGUCCAGUUCGCCCCGCUCGCCCACCAACACAACCUCGCUGCGUGCCAGAGAGAGGAUCAGAUAUUGUACAGAGUAACACGGGACAUCGCCCCUGGAGAGGAGCUCUUACUGUACAUGAAGACAGAGGAGCGUUCAUGUGAGGCCAUGGCUCCUGACAUCCACGAGGAGAGGCAGUACCGCUGUGAGGAGUGUGAUCAGCACUUUGAGUCUCGGUCUGAGCUGCUGGAUCACCAGAAGCAGCCGUGCGGGACGCCCCACUCUGGCCUGUCCCUGGGGGACCAGAGCCUGCCCAACCCAGCAACCGCUGACCUGCACGCCCAUGACCUGCAGGACCUGCAUGACCUUGGAGACCCCCAUGAUCUGGGGGACCCCCACAAUCUUCAGGACCCCCACGACCUGCGGGACCCCCAUGACCUGCGGGACCCCCAUGAUCUACGGGACCCCCACGAUCUGCGGGACGCCCACGACCUGCGGGACCCUCAAAAACUAAGGGACCUCCACGACCUGCACACCCGCCACCUCCCUCACGGCCUUCUGGAGUGUAAAGAGUGUGAUCAGGUGUUCUCUGAUGCUCAGAGUCUGGAGGCUCACACUCUAACACACUCAGAGGAGCGUGAGUACAAGUGUGACCAGUGCCCCAAAGCCUUUAACUGGAAAUCCAAUUUGAUUCGCCAUCAGAUGUCACAUGACAGUGGCAAGCACUACGAAUGUGAAAACUGCUCAAAGCAGGUGUUCACGGACCCCAGUAACCUGCAGAGGCACAUCCGCUCGCAGCACGUGGGGGCGCGGGCACACGCCUGCCCGGACUGUGGCAAGACCUUCGCCACCUCCUCAGGGCUCAAACAGCACAAGCACAUCCACAGCAGCGUCAAGCCCUUCAUAUGUAAGUGUGUCAGACCAUUCAUAUGUGAGGUGUGCCACAAGUCCUACACGCAGUUCUCCAACCUGUGCCGGCACAAGCGCAUGCACGCCGACUGCCGCACGCAGAUCAAGUGCAAGGACUGCGGCCAGAUGUUCAGCACCACCUCGUCCCUCAACAAGCACCGCCGCUUCUGCGAGGGCAAGAACCAUUUCGCCGCGGGGGGGCUGUUCGCCCAGGGCAUCUCGCUCCCGGGCACCCCCGCGCUGGACAAGCCGGCCCUGGGGGGGGUGGGGCACGCCGGCCCCGGGCUGGCGGACUACUUCGGGGCGAACCGGCACCACGGCGGGCUGACCUUCCCCGGCGCUCCGGCCUUCCCCUUCACCUUCCCCGGGCUCUUCCCCCCCGGACUCUACCACAGACCCCCCCUCAUCCCCACCGCGUCCCCCGCGAGGGGCCCCCCAGGUACCGAGCACAGCAAGGGCCCGCUCCUCACCCCCCUGCAGGGGACGCAGGGGGCCCGGAACCUCCUGAAGACGCUCUGCAGGGAGGUCCCCGCGACCGAGCCCCCAGGCGGAGGGGUCCCGACGGAGGGCUCGGCCAAGCAGAGGCACGCGGGCAAGCUGAGCGACCAGUCGGAGAGCAGCGACCUGGACGACGUGAGCACGCCCAGCGGCAGCGACCUGGAGACCACGUCGGGCUCGGAGCUGGAGAGCGAGGCGGAGAGCGAGCGCGAGAGGGCGGGCGAGGCCGAGCGGGAGGCGGAGCGGGGGAGGGGCCGGGAGAACGGCAAGCCGAGGAAGAGGAAGGCGGGGAGCCCCCGGAGCCCGCCCUCGGGCCCCGGCCACGCCCUGUCCCCGCCCGCGCUGGACGAGCGCACCGCCGUCUCCGGCGCGGUCAACGACUCCAUCAAGGCCAUCGCCUCCAUCGCCGAGAAGUACUUCGGCUCCUCGGGGCUGGCCAGCCUGCAGGACAGGAAGGUGGGGGGCCUGCCGUACCCCUCCAUGUUCCCCCUGCCCUUCUUCCCGGCCUUCUCCCCGCCCGUCUACCCCCUCCCCGACAGAGACCUGCGGCCCCCGCUGCUGAAGGCCGAGCCGCUGUCGCCCCCCCGCGAGCCCAAGAGGAGCCGGAGCAGGAGCGUGGAGUCGCCGUUCGACCUCACCACCAAGCGCAAGGAGGAGCGGCCGCCGCCGCCGCCGCCCGCCCCUCCCAAGGCGGGGGCCCCGCUCUCGGCCAAUCAGGACCAGCCGCUGGACCUGAGCAUGGGCGCCAGGAGCCGGGGCGGGCCGGCCAAGGGGGAGGAGUCCCGGAAGAACCACGUGUUUGGGGAGGAGAAGGCGGAGGCGGUGGCGCCCAAGGCCGACGCCUCGUUGCAGCACGCCCGGCCCACGCCCUUCUUCAUGGACCCCAUCUACAGCAGGGUUGAGAAGAGGAAGAUGAACGAUCCGUUUGAGGCGCUGAAGGACAAGUACAUGCGACCGGCCCCCGGCUUCCUCUUCCACCCACAGAUGUCAGCCAUCGAGAACAUGGCGGAGAGGCUGGGGACCUUCACCUCCCUCAGGCCGGAGGCCGGUGACCUCAUCCGCUCCGUCCCCGGCAUGUUCGACUUCAGGGCCCCCCCGAACGCGCUGCCCGAGACCCUGCUCCGCAAGGGCAAGGAGCGCUACACCUGCAGGUACUGCGGGAAAAUAUUCCCAAGAUCUGCCAACCUUACCCGGCACCUGAGAACCCACACUGGAGAACAACCGUACAGGUGUAAAUACUGUGACCGCUCCUUCAGCAUCUCCUCGAACCUGCAGCGUCACAUCCGCAACAUCCACAAUAAGGAGAAGCCCUUCAAGUGCCACCUGUGUGACCGCUGCUUCGGUCAGCAGACCAACCUCGACCGUCACCUGAAGAAGCACGAGAACGGAAACCUCUCAGGCACAGCCCUGUCCUCUCCACGCUCAGAGCUGGACAGCAGCAGCGCUAUCCUGGACGACAAAGAGGACUCUUACUUCAACGAAAUCCGAAACUUCAUCGGGAGCACAGGCCAGAACCAGCACUCCCCCGAGCCGUCUGAGGAAGGGAUGAAUGGUGGUCCGUUGGAGGAGGACAAGGCUCUCCUGCCCAGCCAGUCACAGGACCUGGAGGAAGAGGAAGGGGAGGAGCUGGGCGUGGACGAAGAGGAAGCCGAGCACAGAGACACUUUGGGAAAGCACGGAGACGAGCCACUCCCUGCAAACCUGGACAAUGACAUCAUUCACGAUGACAUCGAUUUUGAAGGACCAGACGACUUGGAGCUAAAUUGCAAGGCUUCCCCCAGAAGAUAUGAGGAUGAGGAGGACGAUCAAAACAGCCUCUCCGCCCUGGACCACAUCCGCCGCUUCUCCGACAUGCACAAGAUGGAGGAGAGCGAGUUCAGUGAUGGCGACAGCACCACCUUCGGGACCGCGCACCUGCCUGAGUCUAUAAAGCAGCCGCUCUACAGGAAGUCCAAGUCCCAGGCCUACGCCAUGAUGCUGUCCCUGUCAGAGAAGGACCCCCUCCACCCAGCCUCCCACGCCCCCGCAGACAUGUGGCACAGCCUGGCUCGAGCAGCAGAGUCCAGCGCCAUCCAGUCCCUCAGCCACGUAUAACCCCCCCAGCCCCCCCCAGACCAGACCCAACCUCACCCCCCUCCAGCCCGCCCCACCAACCACACUGGGACCAAGUCCAACCCGGUAUCAGGGCCAAUGGGAACCGUGGCCCAAUGAUGACUGCAGAGCAGGAUGCCUUACACAUCGCCAGGGUUAUCAGUCCCAAAAUAAAAAUCCACAAAAGAAAGAAAAGUCUUCAAAUAGUCUUUAAAGGUGUAGAAAAAGAAAAAUUGUCACCUUAAACUGAGCGAUGACAUUAAUAGUGACGGCGGCGGCGACGAUAACUGUAUUUAUUCUGUUUAAUUACUCUGUUUUGCACAGCGAAGGCAGCUGGUGUUUAGGAAGAUCAGCGUGACACGGUGAAACGUUAACGGAACUUUGUGAAUUUCACAGGCGUGGCCACGCCCACAGUCUUCCGCAGGAGUAUCAUGAAGUAAAUCCGACUGCGAGCACUCAGCCCGGCCCCACGGGACUCCCCCCGCCCCCCUCCUCCUCGUCCCCGUCUGAUCUCCCCCCCUCC